GUAAUUAGUAAACUUUUGUUCUUGACACAAUGGUGCGAGAAGCCAAGCAUAACUGCUGGGUCCUCCCACUGUGAGCUGGGUACUGAUUCUGCAGCCAAGAGCACAGCAGGAGCUGCAGCAGAGCUCUUGCCAGUACCAGCAGCUGGAGGGUGCACUGAACUGAGGGGUAUCACUGUCUCUGGGGGUGGAUUGUGUUUUCAGUGAACAGACACUGACCUAUAGUGAAUGGAAGGAGAUAUGAAAAGACUUAGGUGAAAUGCAAGGUGAUUUUCAAUUUUUAAAAAGAUCACUGACAUUAUUUGUUUAGUGUUUUUAAUAUUAAUUUCUCUAAUCAUUUUGUGACAAGCUUGUCUUUUGUACAUUUUUGGGAGUAUGAGCAUUCCUGGUCUACUGCUCAUGCAGGUUCUGAGCUUUUUAUAGAGAUUGAGACAUCCACUGGACAAGAAUCCACUUGUCCCUCUUGUGCAAAUCCUGCAUGCCUGUGGAAGCCCACACCGUAUAUUUUGUUCUGUUUGGUGAAAUGUUAGUUUUUCAGUUACAGUGCAGUCAUACCUUCCAUGGUCAGUUCUAACAGUGCUGCUUCUUGAGUGAGAACCUGGAAUGUAUUGUUUAGUGGAGAAACAAGUGGCAGUAACACCUGUUAAGUUUGGUUUCCUUGCUGCUUAAUUUGUGGUAUCCCUUUGUUACUGUUUUUUAUCUCAUGGUGUAAGCAGUGCCUUGGGAUAGGAGUGGAUUAGCUGCCCUCAAAGCCUUUGGGUCUCCCUUCUUACUGGAGCUGUUAAUACUUCUUGUAAUCAGCCUAAAUGGCCUCUUCACAUUGCUGCCUUAUCUAAGUGCUUAAAAUCCUUGCUUCAGCAUCUCUAGUAGUCCUGCCUCCAUCUAAGUGAUGGUACUUCUAGCAAGUGCCUGACAAUAGCAUUUGAUGCUGGUGAGUCCGUUAUUUGGGAUUUCUUACCCUGCACAAUUUCAGCUGCAAAAAGAGGAGGGAUAGAAGAAGUUGUCAGAGUCUAUGUGUAAAUGCCUUUUCUUGGCUGCUGUGACUUGACCCAGGCUGUGCUGAAGAUCUCAAAACAAUAUUGUAACAGAGUUAAUAGCUAUCAUUUUAUUCUGGUCCCUCCUUCCAUCAACCCACGCUGGACCAGACACGCUCCAGAGCUAAUAGCAAAAUGGGAUAAGCAGUCUUCCAUGAAGGUAAUGUUAGUGUGUGCUGAGCAUGCAUGCAUGCAGACUGGGGGGAGUGAUUAAUGCCCUGGGAAUCCACUCUCUGCCUUGCUGCACAAUGCUGUUGUUUCAGGCCCAGAGCUUGGCACCAGGCAGGCUGUGGUUGAGCGCCAGGAACACAUUACCUGGUUUGUGCAGGAUCAGGCAGUGAGACAGAGCCUGUGUGUUCUCAGCAGGGCAAGUUCCUGCUGCACCACAGCUUCAUACUUGCACAGUGAGGCUCUCUUUGGAUGCAGGUCUGCUGCUGGGCGGGGGCAGGACUCCUCCAGCCUGACAUCCCAGACUUUGCUCGGCUGUGGCAGAGCUCUCCCUCCCUCUGGCAGGCAAGGAUUACCCAUCCUUGAGGUGAGAGGUGCUUGGCCAGCUGUCAGGAGCUGUGACUCACAGGGGAUCCCAGGCGGAGCCCUGCUCUCCCUGCAAUCUGCUUUUCCUUCUGGAGCCUCUGUGUGAGCUGUUGCUGAAUGUUUGUUUUCACCAGAUCAGGGGUGGAUCUGGGAGAAGCUUGGGUCCACUAUUAAGCCUGAAGAGUUGGACUCAGUAAGUUUCCAGUCUGGAAUAUGUUGGGAGGCUUCCUUCUCUAGGUGGGGGUUUAUAGAAAAUGUUGGCAGGCAGCACUGCAGGGAGUAUGACAAGGCCAAGGUCCUGGAAAACAUAAUAUUUUAUGUUCAGUUCAUGUCAUGGAGCAAGCAAACUCCACAAGAUUGAUUCACUACUUGCAAAUACAGGGGCACGCUGUCUAUACUCCAGUGGAAUCAGAUCUUGAUCUUGAUCUUCUUAGUACUGCUGAAGGAACAUGAGCCUGUUGGGAUUCUUUUCUUGGCAGUUUCAGAAGUUGCUUCAUUCUUUCUUAUGAGCUGCCUCACAGGGAUUGCUUUGGACAUGAAUAGGUUAGUGGUUUAUUAUAACUGUAAUUAAUAUAUACAUGCUGUAACUAUUGCAGUCCUGCCUGUCCCUCUCUUCUUCUCAUUGGAAAAUCUUGCACAUUUUAAUGAUGAGUUCCCAGAGCUGCAGGUGUGUCACAGGAAGUGACACUCCUGUUCUCAUGGGUGGCAUCAGUGGCAGGGCUGUAUUCUCAGCCCCAGUGACUGUAGCAAAGCCAGGGUUUGAGUCUGCAGCACACAUACUGUAAUCCUUGCAUACCUCAUUCUUCCAUUACACCUUUGACAGAAGACAUACAGGAAAUCUCACUGUACCAGUAUGUGCUACCGGAGAAACUACCCCAAGGCAGCAGUUACACCUGCAAUAUGCUUUUCCCUCUUUGUCCAGUGCUGCUGUGAAGUUGGAAUAUUCAGGGUAUGGCAAGGAUUCCUAGGAGCCUGAGCUCAGCUGGCAGCCUGUCUGAGGGGUGGAGGGCAGCCUGGAUGCCUGCGAUGGGCUGCUGCUGCUGUUCCCAUGAGAACAUGCAGCAGCAUGCCCCAGCCACCCCACCUCAAACAGCACAAGGAUCCUGACUUGUUUUUAGUAUUUUCAAACUAAUUGAUGGCUCUUCCAUCUUUUUCCCUGCUCCACAUGGUCAUGUUUUUAAUACUGUUACUCCUUCUGCCUCAGUAGGUUUCUGCUAUCCUGAACUGCAGCUCUUUGUGCUCCUGAUUCACUCCAGUCCAUUCAUCUCUUUUUGGUGGCAGAGUGCUGUCUGCUGCUGGAUAUUGGGCUCUUUGUUUGUACAGCCAGCACAAAGCUGGUGACAAAGGGACAGCCUGUGUCCCAAGGAGCCCACGUGCUAUGGGGAAGGCAGUGGAGAGCAAUAGAGUGACAGACAGACAGGAUGGCAGAGGUGAGGCUGGCCAGGGGCACAGCGUGCUGGCUGCAGUAGAGGAAUGGCUGGGGGCGGGGAGAGACGUGAUGAGGAAGCUGUUCCUGCUGAGUACAAACCCUCUUUGUUCCCAGGAGGUGAGUCGGACUGGAUAAACAGAAUGGUCCCGUCAGCAGAAAGCCUUUCCCUGGCUGGAUCCCCCACUGGCACGCUCACUGGAAGUGGGCUGCACCUCGUUAGCAGGGACACAUUUCUCCUCCCUGUGUUAGCCUCCGCUCUUCCUGACUCUCCGGGGCUCAGCUUUAGGCACUGAUCUGCCUUCAGACCCUGCACAAUGGAGGCUGGCUCCGUGGUGCGGGCAGUCUUUGAUUUCUGUCCCAGCGUCUCUGAAGAGCUGCCCCUCUUCGUGGGAGAUGUCAUCGAGGUGCUGGCUGUGGUGGAUGAGUUCUGGCUCUUCGGCAAGAAGGAAGGUGUCACAGGGCAGUUUCCUAGCAGCUUUGUUGAACCUGUGGAUAUUCCCCCUUUGAAGCAGGGAGAAAAACUGUUUGUUUGUACCAAUGACUUCACAUCGCAAGAGCCAGGAAGCUUGUCAUUGCAGAGAGGAGACUUGGUGAUCCUGGGGGGGUCCCUGGCCUCCAGCUGGCUCCAGGGCAGAAGCAGCUGGGGUUCCAAGGGCUUUUUCCCCUCAUCAUGUGUGAGGGAGCUGUGCCUUUCAGUUCGGAGACGUCAGCUGUCCCAGAGUACUCUUGUGGAGGUGCCUGCCUACUCACUGGGCCAAGCCCGGGCCCUGAUGGACCUGUCUGCUCAGCUGGAGGAGGAACUGGACUUCAGGGAAGGGGAUGUGAUCAACAUUGUCGGUGUCCCAGAGCCUGGCUGGUUUGAGGGUGAGCUCAGAGGCUGCAGGGGCAUCUUCCCAGAGGGUUUUGUGGAACUGCUUACUCCUCUGCGAGCACCAGGAACCUCAGUGGAUCCAGAGCCCACAGGGACUUGUGACACCAAUGGGACAGUAGAGGUGCCCCCCAAAGAUGACGAGGAGCCAGGGAGUACUUACGGUGUUGCCCUCUAUCAGUUCCAAGCCCUGGAGUCCAAGGAGCUGGAUUUCGAUGUGGGUGACAGGAUUCGGAUCGUAGGCAUUCUGGAGGAUGGCUGGCUGGAGGGGGAGCUGAGAGGAAAACGUGGCAUCUUUCCAUACAGAUUUGUAAGGCUGGAGGCCUCUGAGGCUUGCAGGGAAAAGGUGAAUGCUGGGGAUCUGCAAGGUGAAAGCAGUUGUGGAUUGACCAUCCAUCAAGAGCCAGAAGGCACCUGCUCUGGAACUCCUCCUUUGCCAGGGAAAGAUAGCAGGGAAAAGGAGGAUGGCUUGGCUGCGUACCCUGAGCCUGCCCCUGUUUUGUCUGACAAGGCAGGGAGGUCAGAGAGUCCUCUUGGCAGUGACUUGAGACAGCACCAGGCCUUUCCCAGCACAGGACACCAAGAGCCACAUCCCAAAGGCACGGUGGGCUUGGUCCUCUCUGACCACACAAAGACAGUCAAUGGUGUUCUCCCAUCUGCUCAGCUACCUUCCCCACAAGGCAACAGGCCUGGCCAAGGUGAGCUGGAGCCUGGGGGGACCAUUUCAGCCACCUCAGGAAACUCAGAAACUCACAUCCCCCCUAAGCAUGAAGGAGACAGCCCCACUGUGCCCUUGCAGGCUCCCCACUUCCCCCAGAAUCCUUGCAGAAGCCAAGCAAUUUCAUCUCCUAAUAGCUUGGCAGCAUCCCAGCUCCAGGAGAGCCAGAGCAGGACCCAGGACCUAGACAAUUGGAUGGACAGUAAACUAGAGAAGUCCAAGCCCUGUUCCAGCUUAGGAACUGCCCAGGUGAGCCUGGACACACGGUCUGGGAGCUGGGGGGAGUGCUGCCCUCUUGCAGUGCAGGGGGACAGCUGCACGGACCUGGACUCCAAACUGACAGAGCAGCUGGCCCAGUUUGAGAAGAGUCUGUCAAGUACUGGUGCAGAGCAGGACAAGGUCUCCCGUCACUUCUCUAUCUUGGACUACAGCUCUGAGAAGGACAUUGUCCGUGGGUCUCCUGAAUCUGUGUCCCACUCCAGGCAGGCAGAGAGGAGAAGGGCCCUGAGGCCACCCCCUCCUCGGCCCAGCAGCCUCGGGACAGCCGCUGUGCACACGCAGGGUGGCCGAGGGCCCAAAGGCAGGUCUCUGUCCUUCUCAGUCAAACCCUCCCGGCCUGCGCCCCGGCCUCCAUCCACCUACCAGCGCAAGAAUGUGGCCCCUGCACAGCUUCAGCCCAGCACCCCAGAGCAGAGGGUGGAGGAGGGACGUGAGGACUCAACACAGGCAGGAUCAGCCUCCUCCAGCUCCAUCCUGCUGACUAGAAUUGGAGAGGUGGAGCGAGAUCUGGAGGUGUACAGCAAGACCCGUGCCGAGCUAAGCCUGAUGCUGGAGGAGCAGCAGGAUGAGCUGGUGAGAGCAGAGACCAUGGAAAACCUUGAUUUCUGUGACUCCAACAUUGAGAGCCUCAGCAUGGAGCUGCAGGAGUUGAGAGAGAUGACUCUCUUGUCCUCCCAGACACCAUCGCUGGAGCCAUCCUCGGCCACCACUGAGAGCGCAGAGCAAAGGAUGCUGGAGAAGAGGGCCAAGGUUAUUGAGGAACUGCUCCAGACAGAGCGGGACUAUAUCAGAGACCUGGAGAUGUGUGUGGAGAGGAUCAUGGUACCCCUGCAGCAGGCACAGAUGCAAAACAUAGACUUUGAGGGCCUUUUUGGAAACAUCCACAUGGUAAUUAACUUCUCCAAGCAGCUGCUGUCCACCUUGGAGGCUUCAGAUGCCAUCGGGCCAGUGUUCCUGACACAGCGUGCAGAGCUGGAGAGUGUCUACAGGGUGUAUUGCCAGAACCAUGAUGAGGCCAUUGCACUGCUGGAAACCUAUGAGAAGGAUGAGAAGUUGCAGAAACUGCUUCUGGACCUGCUGGAUAGCCUCAGGAGCCUGUACAGUGAAUGGGGUUGCACAAACUACAUUAACCUGGGCUCCUUCCUCAUCAAACCAGUGCAGAGGGUGAUGCGGUACCCGCUGCUGCUGAUGGAGCUGCUGAGUGCUACCCCUGAGGCUCACCCUGAUAAGGCACCACUCACAGCUGCUGUCCUCGCAGUCAAAGAAAUCAACGUCAACAUCAAUGAGUACAAGCGCCGGAAGGACCUGGUGCUAAAAUACAGGAAAGGGGAUGAGGAUAGCCUCAUGGAGAAGAUCUCCAAGCUCAACUUCCACUCGAUCAUCAAGAAAUCCAACCGUGUGAGCAGCCACCUCAAGCAUCUCACAGGCUUUGCACCCCAGCUAAAGGAUGAAGCCUUCGAAGAGACAGAGAAGAACUUCCGGAUGCAGGAGCGUCUGAUCAAGUCCUUCAUCCGGGACCUUUCCCUGUACCUGCAGCACGUCCGGGAGUCAGCUUGUAUGAAGGCACUGGCAGCAGGGAGCAUGUGGGACCUGUGCACAGAGAAGGGAAGUGGGGACUUGGACCAGUUCCAGAAAGUGAAUCGUCUCAUCAGCGACCAGCUCUUCUCCAGCUUUAAAGAGCGCACAGAGCGGCUGGUGAGCUCGCCCCUGAGCCAGCUGCUGAGCAUGUUUGCCGGGCCCCACAAGCUGGUGCAGAAACGCUUCGACAAACUCCUUGACUUCCACAACUGCACCGAGCGAGCGGAGAAGCUGAAAGACAAGAGAACACUGGAGGAGCUCCAGUCAGCACGCAACAACUACGAGGCCCUGAAUGCCCAGCUGCUGGACGAGCUGCCCAAGUUCCUGCGCUUUGCCAAGGAGCUGUUUGCCAGCUGCGUGCGGGGCUACGCCGAGGCACACUGCGACUUCGUGCGCCUGGCCCUGGAGGAGCUCAGACCCCUGCUGUCGUUGCUGAAGGUGUCUGGCAGGGAAGGGAACCUCAUUGCCAUCUUCCAGGAUGAGCACAGUCGAGUCCUCCAGCAGCUCCAGGCCUUCACCUUCUUCCCAGAGUCUCAGGCGGCUCCCAGGAAGACUUUUGAAAGGAAAAGCAUGGAGCGGCAGUCUGCGCGGCGGCAGCCCCUUGUUGGCUUGCCGACCUACCUCCUGCAGUCGGAUGAUGUCCGAGCUGCCCUCCUGGCCCGCUAUCCCCCAGAGAGUCUCUUCCAGGCAGAACGCAAUUUCAAUGCUGCCCAAGACCUGGAUGUCUCCCUGUUGGAAGGAGACAUUGUGGGUGUCAUCAAGAAGAAGGACCCCAUGGGCAGCCAGAAUCGCUGGCUCAUAGACAAUGGGGUGACGAAAGGCUUUGUGUACAGCUCCUUUCUGAAGCCCUACAACCCCCGCCGCAGCCAGUCAGACGUCUCUGUGGGCAGCCACUCUUCCAACGAGUCGGAGCACAGCAGCUCUUCUCCCCACAGCAACGCCACCCUGACCUUCAACCCCAGUGGGGCGGCCGUCACUUUCACUCAGAAGCCCCUGCAGGACUCUGUCUCCCCAGCAGACGUGUACCAGUCCUCACAGCCCCCACUGGAGGUGGACUCGGCCUGCCUGCCCCAGCUUGGCUCUGGUGACAGGACAGCCCCACUGGCUGGUACAGGGAGAUCUCAGCACCGCUACAGCCGCCCUGAGCUGGGCAGCAGCCCCAGCUCUCGCAACGGGCACCCCACCAAAGCUCAUCUCAGGUCCGUGCCCUCAGUGGAGGACAGAGACUCUGGACUGGAGAACAGCGAGUCAGAGGGCAACCAGGUCUACUACGCUCUCUACACCUUCAAAGGCCGAAACACCAAUGAGCUGAGCGUGUCAGCUAACCAGAGACUCAGGAUCCUGCAGUUUGAGGACAUCACAGGCAAUCAGGAGUGGUGGCUGGCUGAGGCCCACGGGAAGCAGGGCUAUGUGCCCUCGAGUUACAUCCGGAAGACAGAGUACACGUGAGGCAGCAGACAGCCUGCCUUGUUCCUGCUGGGACUGCUAGGGUCUGGGGGAGGCUGGCCAGCCCUCCAGCCCCCACUGCUCACCCUUAAGGCUAUGCCUCUCAAGCUGUGCAGUGCUCCUGGGCCUCAGACACUGGCUGUCAUCACUCCUUCAGGGGAGGAAGGAGGGUGGAUUGACCAGGUAGGCAGGAAGCAGGCAGCCUCUGUGAGGGCAGGGGUGAGUUUACCUCUGAGGUGUGUUUGAGCCUCCUGUGUCCAGCCAGGAGCAGGGGAGCAAAGCUUGGGGCUGUUGCCUGCCCAGAAGGGUAGGGCUUGACUCAGGUUGCGGAACUGCUGUGGAUUUAAAUUGUGGAAGGUUAAUGCUGAGUUUCUGGAGAUUGUCUUUAGUCAAGUAGUAUUAAAAGCAACCCAGACUUUGCGAAUAUGCUCCCUGUGCAGCAGAAGCCUGGUAUCACCUGUCUCUGUAGGACUCAGGGUGGGAUAUUUACACUCUGCCUGGGGAAGCAGCUCUGAGGUCUGCUGGGAAUGUUGAGCUCCUGGGAGCGCCUGGGAUGGAUGUGGGCUCUGAAACCCUCACAACAAAGCCCCUAGCAGGUGCCUUCUCCCUGUGCUUGGUCUCCCAAGGGCCUUGGCCUUUCUGAGGUCUGCUGCUGCCAGCAGCCAUCAGGUUCUCAUGUUCCAUGUGAGCCAGAAGCCCAGAACGCCAUGCCCUUGUCAGCAUAGUAUUGGCUGUGCCCAGGACCCAUCUUUGCACUGACAUGCCCACCUGGCUGCUCUGGGCUGGGACAGGGCAGAAGGCAAAGUACAAGCUGUCCUCCAGCCUGGUUUUUGGGGUAUGUGACCAGAAUUGCCUCACCUGUGCUUUCCUGCACAGCAUUAGAGAGUGCCGACAUUCUGGAGUGGCAGGACUGUCCCUGGGAGGGCUGUGGUGCCUUUUGCUGGGUUGGUGUGUGAUACUGCUGCUGCCCUGUCCUGAAGGAAAGAGGAUCCUUUCAUGGGGCAAUGUUUGUAUCCCCUGUACUGCUGCUCUGCAAAUAAAGAUUUGCCCUUGUGUAUAGAA